UUUCUUCUAAGGAAACAUCCAACAGGUCUUUGUGAGCGAUGCAGGAGGAUGAAACAGUCGUUAUGACAGGCAGGAAAUUCAUACAUGAAACAAGAAAUGAUAAAUGAUAAAAGAGAAUUACAGAACAGAGGCUGUGUUGAGGGGAGGAAAAUGGUUUUGUAGUUUCAUGAAGGCGACUGAUUUAAAAUGAGGGAGUCAGCGAUGCUUUAAAGGAUGACAGCUGCCGUAAAACCUCAAAGAAGAAGAAUCAGAAACGCGAGCAGGAAGUGAUUGUGAGAACAUUAGUGAACAUUAAAGAAGCUUUUCUCCGGGUGUCUCCGACAUGUCGGGGCUCCAGAGUCUGAAGGUGUUCGUCCAGCAGCGGCUGGCUGCGGCUGUGGAGGAGAUAUUCGGCCACUUUGAGAGAACAAUCACCGAGUAUGAAGAGGAGCUGGGCCGCCGCCACCGGAACCUGCUGGAUGUGGGUUUGAAGCGGCCUGAGAGAAAACUGCGGAGAGCAGGGUGUCCUGGAGACAUCCAAGAAGAGGUUCCCCCUGAGCAGCAGGAGUGGAGUCCCAGUCUGGACCAGGAGGACCCACCAGAGCCCCCACUCAUUAAAGAGGAAGAGGAGGAACUCUGGACCAGACAGCAGGGAAAGCAGCUUCCAGGGCUGGAGGAGGCUGAUAUCACCAAGUUCCCAUUCACUCCUGUCCCUGUGAAGAGUGAAGAUGAUGAAGAGAAACCUCUGUCUUCACAGCUUCAUCAGAGCCAGACUGAACUGAUGGAAGAUGAUGGUGAGGACUGUGGGGGACCAGAACCAGCCAGGGACUCUGAUCCAGAUCGACUUGUACAAUUCUCUAGCAGUGAUAAGGCCACACAAUCUUAUAAACCUGAGUACAAGACUGAAGACUCUUCUGAGACUGAAGACAGUGAUGACUGGGAAGAGAACAGAGAAUUUCAGUCAGGUUUAAACUCUCUCAGUAAUGAAGAAGCCUCAGUCAGUCGUAGGACACACAUUACUGACGACAAACAGUUUAGCUGCUCAGAGUGCGGGAAAAGAUUUGGAAACAAGCCAAAUCUACGGAUACACAUGAAGAUUCACACAGGAGAGAACUCCUUUAGUUGCUUAGUUUGCGGUAUAAUAUUUUCAGAGGGAGGAGAUCUGAGACGACACAUGGUUGUCCACACGGGGAAGGAACGAUUCAGCUGCAGUAUCUGUGGCAAAGGUUUCACUUUGUUAAAAAAGCGCAAAAAACACAAGUGUGUUGGUCGUCGGUCCUUACGGCUUCAUCAAAGCCAGACUGAACAGAUGGUAGCUGAUGGAGAAGACUGUGUAGGACCAGACCGAGCCAGAGACUCUGAUGCAGAUAGAGUUUGACAACCUGAGACAGAAGACAAGACUAAAGACUCCUGGGGGAGUCAGUGAUGAUUGUAAGGAGCCAAGAGGACCUCUGUCAGGUUUAAACUUUCUGAGAAGUGAUAAAGCACCAGCAAGUAAAGUGAGAUUAAAUAAAGGCGGGAACUCUUUCAGCUGCUCUGAGUGUGGAAAAAGAUUCAGCCGCAAGACAAAUCUGAAGAGAGACACAAGAGAGAAACCUUUCAGCUGCUCUGACUGAAAAUGAAACUGCAGGACGCCUGAAGUCCAGUUACACAGAGCAGGUUUCUUCCCUUUACUAGUUCUUCACUCUCUGUUGACAUCAAACCAGCCGCCGGUACAACAGGAGUGCAGCUGUAUUCUAAACUUUAUUGUAACUUCACAGUGUUGAAACAGUUAAAUGUUUCUGUAAUUGACUUUAUUUCGUCUACCUGAACUCCAUAAUCCAAGCUUACGUUGCUUCUCGGCCGCUACGCUCCUCCAGCGAACGACGCCUGGCUCUGCCAUCCCUUCACACAAAGUAACCUCAGUCCCUGUUCUCAUCUGUGACACCACGAUGGUGG